UUUUUGUAUUUUCUCGAGAAAUUUCUCUCUCCCAAUCCAAUUCCCAAACACCCACGCUCCUCUCUCUUUAAUUUGAAAUUCUCAUCUUCAUUGCUGUCCAUAUUUAUUACUCCCAUCAAAGCCAGAAAGAAAAGAAAAAUUGAAUAGACAAACACCCCAGAUUUCCUUAUAAAAGUUUUCUUCUUCUUGUUCAUUUUGGGUGGCUCUCCAUUUCUUUUCUUCGGCUUUUUUUUUCUAAUGCAAAUGGAUUUUUGAGUUUGGAUUGAAGGGUAAGGUGGAAUCGACGGCCGGCAGGUGAAUUUGGUAGAGAAGAAAGGGAGAGGAUUGAGGGGUUUAAGAGAAACUUGGGUGUCUAGACUAGGCAUAGAUACUAGCAUGGCAUCUGGGAAUCCAUUUUUUGAUGAGUUGCGGAGCAAGCCUGAGGUUAUUGAUCCUCCACAAAAUGAAGACAUUAUUGAUAGUGAAUCUGUGAAUGAUCCUACUCAAGCUGCUAUAAAACCUAAUGUGACUGUGUCUAGCAGUGUUCGUGAGCUGUUAGAGUGCCCUGUGUGCUUAAAUGCAAUGUACCCGCCAAUUCAUCAGUGUUCAAAUGGACACACAUUGUGUUCUGGUUGCAAGCCUAGGGUGCACAACCGGUGCCCCACAUGUAGGCAUGAACUUGGUAAUAUUAGGUGUCUUGCAUUGGAGAAGGUUGCUGCAUCUCUUGAGCUUCCCUGUAAAUAUCAGAGUUUUGGGUGCAUUGGCAUAUAUCCAUAUUACAGCAAGCUAAAACAUGAGUCCCAAUGUUCUUAUAGACCAUAUAGCUGCCCCUAUGCUGGGUCUGAAUGCACAGUCAUUGGUGAUAUUCCUUAUCUUGUGGCCCAUCUCAAAGAUGAUCAUAAAGUUGACAUGCACAAUGGCAGCACCUUCAACCAUCGUUAUGUCAAAUCAAAUCCACACGAGGUUGAGAAUGCUACAUGGAUGCUAACGGUUUUCAGUUGCUUUGGCCAGUACUUUUGCCUGCACUUUGAAGCAUUCCAGCUUGGGAUGGCUCCUGUUUAUAUAGCAUUCUUGCGGUUUAUGGGUGACGAUAAUGAGGCAAAGAACUAUAGCUACAGUCUCGAGGUGGGUGGGAAUGGGAGGAAGAUGACUUGGCAAGGGGUGCCCAGGAGCAUAAGGGACAGUCACCGGAAGGUUCGUGACAGUUUUGAUGGUCUCAUCAUCCAACGAAACAUGGCUUUGUUCUUCUCAGGGGGAGACCGGAAAGAAUUGAAGCUUAGAGUGACAGGAAGGAUUUGGAAAGAACAGUGAUGAGAUUCUUUGUAAUGUUCUCCCUGAAUCUAUUUUCUUGUCAUAGCAAGUAGGUUGGUUUCUUUUGGUAGUUUUAUGGGUCUUCUGGUCCUGUAUUUCUUUGGUUUGUAUGGGGCAAACUCUCUUUGCUUAUCCAUGCAUCCAAUACAUGAAUGGGAAGAUGUAGCUUUCAUGCCUACAUAUGUAGUGUCUAUCUAUAGUGAUUUUAGAUGGUCAUAUAUGCACAUUUGUAUCUUACAAAGUGCCUUCGUUUUAUUUGUUUUUGUUGCUGGAGGUGCUGAUUAUGAGCAAAUGAUUUUUCUAAUUACAAACAUUAAGUACAUCAAAAUCCAAGAAAGUAAGGCAGAACAAAUACUUCUGUUGCUG